AUGUCAGAAAAGCUAGCUGGUUAUCCAGAAAAGUUAUUGUGUCCAUGCAAAGUUUGUCGAAACUUAAGUCACCAAUGUAUUAACAUUUUGUAUGAACACUUAGUCAUUUAUGGGAUUGAUCCAACAUACAAAAUUUGGUUUCAUCAUGGGGAAGAAUUAUCAAGAGACGAUGAUGUAGAGACAAUGGAAACAUUUGAUUCUUACAACUUGUUUAGGGCUACAAAUAUUGAUGGUUGUGAUUUUGAAAGUCAUCUAGAAGGUCAUGAUGACACUUUUAUGGAAAAAAUAGAAGAUGCAGACACUCCAUUAUAUCCACAAUGCACUAAAUAUACUAAGUUAUCGUCAAUUGUUGCAUUGUAUAAGGUUAAAACUACCAAUGGAUGGUCUGACAAAAGUUUUGAUGAAUUGUUAAGACUUUUGAAUGAUAUGUUUCCUUUAGAUAAUAUGAUCCCCAAGUCUAUGUAUGAGGUUCGAAAAUUUCUUCGAUUAUUUGAUUUAGGAUAUGAAAAGAUUCAUGUUUGUGUUAAUGAUUGCUGUUUGUUUAGAAAAGAUAAAGAAAACUUGCAAGAAUGUCCAACAUGUCGAACUUCACGUUGGAUGUCAGAUAAGCUGACUAAAAAGGUUCGACAUGGUGUCCCAGCAAAAUUUUUGAGGUACUUUCCUAUAAUCCCUAGGUUGAAACGGAUGUUCAUGUCUAAAAGAAUUUCAAAGGAAUUAAGAUGGCAUCACAACAAUAAAAGUUGCGAUGGAAAAAUGCGUCACCCAGUGGAUUCAGCAGCAUGGGAGCUAGUCAAUAAAUGGCCAUCAUUUUCAAAUGAAGAGAGAAAUAUUAGACUUGGCCAUUCCACAGAUGGAUUAACCCAUUUAGUAAUUUAA